AUGGAGAUUGAGGCUGGGGGUGAUGUUCUAGAAGACGUGGUGGUAAUGGAUGAGAAUAAUCGACUCGUUUCACCGGUGGGGGAGCAGAUGACCAAAGAGUUAUGUAGGUCGUUGGAGCUGGAGGAGGAGAUGGUAGAUGCCAGCUCCCCAGAAAUGCAGCCCAUAGAAGAAGAUGAUACUCCUGGGACUUUCGUCCCUAGUACCGUGGAAUAA